CUGUAUUUCAGGAUCCGUCGUCGACGCCGUCAUCGGGUAUCGUGGUCCCGUGAAUACGUCGCGUUCUAACGAUCAUCAUUCUCUCGAGGGAGAGAAAUCGAGCGGAGCGUAGAGCUGACCCGUGUACUUUCGGACGUGCGUAGUGCCGUGCGCCUGAGUCACGACAAACAUUACGGUGGUGUGUGCGCGCGCGCGUUAAUUUAUUCGAUUUUAUGAUCAUUGACAAUGACCGCGUCCGUGGAGGAUUACUACGACGGUUCCCGGACUUUUUCCUGGCUCGCGGACCUCAUCGGCUUGCCGAUCGACCAGGUGAAUUUCCUGUUGACACAGUUCACAGCGCUGUUAUUGGCCGGAUUUUUGAGAAGAUUCCUUAACCCAAACGUAGUCUCAGCAGCUACCAGACAUGUAUUCGGUCUGAUCAUCGGUCUCACGCUUGGAUACUUCUGCUUCGGCAGGCAGGCGAUACAUCUUGCAGGUCUCCCCGCAUUAUGUUACAUUGUAAUGCGCACACAAAAUCCUCGCAAUUUGCAGAGGAUUGUACUGACGACCGCGCUGUUCUAUCUGUCUUGCGUGCAUUAUCAUCGACAGAUCUACAAUUACGGCUCGUACACUCUAGAUAUCACCGGGCCGUUGAUGGUGAUAACGCAGAAGGUAACCAGCCUUGCGUACAGUAUACAUGACGGGUUAACGCGACGCGAGGAGGAACUGACGCCAACGCAGCGUCAUCAAGCCGUGAAUAUUCGUUUCAGAAUGAUGCCCAGCACAUUGGAGUACUUCAGUUACGUCUUCCAUUUUCAAGCUCUGAUGGCCGGCCCGGUGAUAUUGUACCGCGAUUACAUGGAUUUCAUUCAGGGACAGAACUUAGCCGGAGCGAAACCUCUGACGGGCUGCGACAUGAAUUCCGGUUGUUACAGCGAAAUCGUCCUGGAACCAUCGCCGGCGUUGGUCGUUGUUAAAAAGGUGAUCGUGAGCUUGUUGUGCGCGGUCAUGUUUGUGACAUUUAUUCCGAGCUACCCGAUCCAGAAGCUGAAAGAGGAGGACUUCCUGGAGAACACCAACAUGUUCCAGAAGAUGUGGUAUCUGACGGUCUUGACCAUGCUGGCACGGUUCAAGUAUUAUCACGCGUGGAUAUUCGCCGAUGCCAUUUGCAACAAUUCUGGCCUCGGUUAUAACGGACAGGAUGAAAACGGGAAGCCCAAAUGGGACCUGUAUUCUAACGUGGAUGUUUAUGGUUUCGAGAUGUCUCUUAGUCUGCGGGACAGCAUUGAGCAUUGGAACAAAGGAACCAAUAGGUGGCUUAGAUCUGUUGUAUAUGAAAGAGUCAAGCAUAAUAAACUUAUAUUCACGUAUGCCCUGUCUGCCUUGUGGCACGGAUUCUAUCCUGGCUACUAUUUGACAUUCGCCAAUGGAGCCUUCUUCACUUUGGUGUCACGGGUUGGUCGUCGUAAUAUUCGACCACAUUUCUUGGGGUCCAAGAACAAAAAGUUCCUCUACGAUGCGCUUACGUUCACCGCAACGCGAAUCCUAAUGCCCUACAUCACAUUAAGCUUUAUACUCUUGGAAUUCGUACCAAGUAUCCGAUUGUACCUGUAUAUAUACCUGAUCCCACAUAUAGUGGGUCUAGCUAUAAUAAUCAUCGCACCUCGUCUUCCGAAGAUACCGUCGAGCAAGAAAUUUGUCGACAAGGAGUGUAACGUUUCUCAGGAAUUAAUUAACGGGACCGCUCGCAAAACAAUGUAAGCUGUAUUUUUGACGCGACCGGAAUACUACGGUCAUAAAAGAAACAUAUUUUUU